AAUGUUUUGUUUACGUUUUGGUUUUAGAAUACGAAAAUAAUUUCGACUUAAUAAAUAUGUUUUUAACGUUAUGCUCAAAAUCAAAUUUAAAAUAUAUUAUAAUCACUGUUACGAUCGCUAUAGCAGCCAUAAUUUUAAGAAAGUGUAAUUUUACUUUAAAGACUGAUGAUGACAAGUUAAAACGAACAAAUGGGCCGUUGGUCUUCUCUUAUGAUGAAUUAGCUAAAUAUGAUGGAAUAUAUAUCGAUAAGCUUUAUUUAUCCGUUAUUGGAAGCAUCUUUGAUGUUACUGAAGGCAAGAAAUAUUAUGCUAAAGGAUCUCCAUAUCAUUAUUUCGUAGGCAAAGAUGGAACAAGAGCUUUGGUGACUGGUGAUUUUAAAGAUGAAUCUAGCAAUAAAGAUCAUGUUUUAGAAUUAUCUUGUGAUGAUGUUUCAACAAUAUUGCACUGGAGACAGACAUACAGAGAAAAAUAUAAAUUUAUUGGUUUAUUAGCUGGUAGAUAUUAUGAUGAAAAUGGUUUUGAAACCUCAUACAUGAGUGAAUUCAAACAUAAAAUAAAGCUUUGCAAAAAAGAAAAAGAAGAGGCUAAAAAUCAAGAUAAAUUGUAUCCACCAUGCAAUAUUUCUUGGAGUGAAGAAGAAGGGACACGCGUAUGGUGUACAAAAACAAGUGGUGGUAUAGAACGAGGUUGGGUUGGAGUCCCACGCCAGCUAUUUACCCCAGGUGUAGAGAAGCCUCGCUGUGUGUGUGUGAAUCUCGAAAAAAAUAAUUCAAGUAUGCUCAAAGAGUAUGAGGGAUGCCCCAUUAAAUCUACAUAUUGUGUAUUUAUAGAUUGAAUGUUGUAUAUACUUUAGUUGAAUGAGGUGAAAAAAAUAUUUUAACAAUUAUUUAUUUGAUAGUUUCCAUGAAGAUCUUGCUUUAUAUCUAUGUACUAUUUUUAUACUGUGUUAACUUUAUUGUAUUUAAUUUUUUAAGUUAAGUUAAUGUGAUUAUUACUAAAUCUCAUUCCAAAAUAAAGUAUUUUUUUACAUGAUUUUAAAUAUGAAUACUUUGACUUAAAAUAAUUUAGGUGUAAUGAUAUUAUCUUUAUCUUAAAAUAUACCAAAACCAAUCUUUAUAUACUUUUUAAAAACACAUUAUUAAAUGACCAAUUAUUAUUUAAUAUACUUUAUUCGUACUAUUGGUGCAGUAAAAUUAAAAUAAAUACUAUACACAAAUGGAACAAAUCUUUAUUAAAAGUCACAGUAGUAGUAUAACUUAAUUAUUGAUUAAUAAUUGAUUUUACAAUAAACACUGACAAAAAUACCGUAGGUAAAUCAUCUAAUAUUAUACUGUGACAUUAUCAAUAGUCUUACUCUCAGAAUGAAUUACUUCAUCUAACUCCAAACACUCAAUUGUUUUGAGAAACACAUGCAUUGGUAUCUUUUUUCUAUUAACAAAUGUUUUAUUUCCAAGAAGCUUCUUGAUUUUUGCUCUACGUUUUUUAAUUUUUUCUUUUGUGUAUUGGCUACCUAUUUGGAAUGUCAAUAGUCUUUUUAUCUUUCGUCCUCCGAUGUAUGUCUCGGAUUCUGCAGUACUAGGUUUUGGCUCCUCAUAAAUGGUUUCUAGAGUUUGAGUCAGAGACUUGAUUUUCUUAUUGAGAUAUAAUGCUUCUAUUUGUUUAGAAUUCGCGUUUUCUGUUAUAUUAUGUUUGCGAGGCUUCAUACUAACUCUACGAUUAGACGAUUUACUCG